ACGACAUCAAAAACUCGCGACAAUCGGUUGGGGUGGAUAGGCAUAAAUACAACUUUUUUAAAUAAAUACACGCAAUAAAAAUAACUUAAUACGUGCAACGUGUUAAAAUAUAUUUUAGUGAUCAUAUUUGUCUUGACAAUUAAAGAUAUUUAAACGACACUUCAUUAUUCCUGUUUUAGAAUAAACCAUCAUGGGUGAAUUGGGUGCAAAGCUUGGAUUGGACGAGUUGGCGGGAGGAGCAGCAAGUAUCAGCAAGGCUCUCUUGGCAGAGUUCAUAGGAAACCUGAUCCUCAACCUGUUCGGCUGCGGCGCCUGCGUAAACAUCGCGAACUCCAACGCUGCUACGGACAUCGUACUCAUCGCGCUCGCCUUCGGUCUGGCCGUCUUCGCCAUCGUCUCAGCGAUAGGUCACGUUUCGGGAGGACAUGUGAACCCGGCGGUGACGGCAGGGCUCGCGUCGGCAGGCCGCGUGAAGCCUGUGCGCGCGAUACUGUACGUGAUCGCGCAGUGCGCGGGCGCCGCCGCCGGCUCCGGGCUGCUGAAGGCGCUCACGCCGGAGCGCGCCGCGGGCAAGCUCGGGGUCACUGGCCUCGGCACCGACGUUACUCCGCUUCAGGGCUUCGGCAUCGAGUUCUUCCUAGGCUUCAUUCUCGUCUUCGUUGUAUGUGGAGUGUGCGACCCGAACAAACCUGACGGAAAAUCGACGGCGCCGCUGGCGAUCGGCCUCACCGUGACGCUGGGCCACCUGCUGGCCGUCGACUACACCGGCUCCGCCAUGAACCCGGCGCGGUCCUUCGGCUCCGCGCUCGUCGCUGGCGACUGGGCCAAUCACUGGGUGUACUGGGCUGGGCCGAUCGCGGGAGGCGUCGCGGCCGCGCUGCUGUACGUACACGGUUUCUCCGCGCCGCCCGUGGACCCCGCGCCGCCGCGGUACCGCCCCGUCGCUGCCGAUGAAAAGGAGCUGAAGCGGCUGGACGGCGGCAAGGCGGAGGAGCUUGCCUGAAGCCGCGACCCGCUCGCGCGGGCCCGCCCGCGCGCGCGCGCGCCCGCAGGCGUUACCGUUCCCAGCGAAACGCACUACUACCGCCAACAAUAUUGAAGACGACACUCGCAGGCAUAUAGAUGACUAGACGCGACACCGCAGAAUACGCGUGCCAAAUAGUGCACUCGGAAUAAAGUGAACGGUCGGAGUGCUUCAGAGUCUGUGCGGAAAGAGAAGAGUUGUGGAGAUCAAACGAGUUUGUCACUAUAAAAAGGCGCGAAAUUAAAUUUUUCUAUGGUACUAUGAACAUUCGUCUACAUUUUUUUUAAUUUGCCGCUUUGCUUUAGUGGCAGAAGUGGCUUUACAGACUUUUUAUACGUAAGUAACUGCACUGCAUUUCUCUUUCCGCUCAGCCGGCCUAACCUAGGUCACAAUAUCGCUUUGACAAAGUUUCACUAUCAUUCUUCCAUAUUAGUGCGACAGUGGCAAAUGCUACGGAGACACCUAGAGUUUAACCAUGUCAGACGUUCACGAAAAAUAGUUUUAUGUGUAUUCACCAAUUAAAUAGUCUCUCUAGAUUCGAAUUAUAAUUUUAAAUCAAGAUAAUCAAUAAAAUUGCAGAUACCUACAUUUUUUCACAACUGUAUGUGUAACUCUAAAAUUUACACGCUUAGAUUUCAAAGAAAUCGGGAUACGUGUACGACGUCUCUUUAGAUAUAUGUCUGUGAAUAUACCCAAUGGAAAAGCGCGUCACGCAUUACAAAACUAAGUAGUUUAAUUUACCGCUACAACACUGUCUUAAUUUUUGAAAUUCACUAAGUACAUACCUAUUUCUAAUAUUAAGUGAUUUAUCUAGAUACAAUCUGUGCCUGUUAUUUUGCCGCUUCCCGCUCACAAACCAAGUAAGACAAACACAAGUUUGGUAUUCCUGAAUAGGUAUUACAUCUUUAAAAUAUGUACCUAUGCAAUGGACGAUCUUUUUGGGCGGCUAGAGCGGUUAUUAUUCAAGGUGUGUUUGUCUUCCAAGUCGCCUCAUAACUAUCUGCGGAGGUCAGUUUCAGAUCUCCAAAUAAUUAGUUACAAUCUCUGCACAAAUUGAUUUAAAUAAAUUAGCACCGUAUUACACAUUUUAUGCAAAAAAUACUCUGAAUUUAGUCUCAAUUGAUUCAUAAUUCAAUAGUAGGAGCAACGAAACAAUACGUAGGUAUCCAUAACUAAGUUAUAUAUUUGUAUAAGUGUUUGUGGAAUAUUAAAAUGUUCUAUUUUUAUGCUACUUCCUCUAUUUGCAUCUACAGAUACAGAUAUAAACCUAUUUUCCCAGUGCAUUAUAAUAAUGUUGCCAAUAGAGGUCGCAGUAAAUGUUAAUAUAAUUAACCAUAUAUUUACGUAAUCAACUUUGUACCAAGUAUUUGAAUCUUAUAAUCUGAAAUAAUGACGUGAAUAUAAGAUUUUUUCUCUAAAUAAUAAAUGCACCUGUAGUUAGUAAGUUUUCAUCUAUUUUUAUAUAAUAUUAAAUUUCUUCCGUGUAUGUUUAAACAUACACUAUUUGAAUCGAAAUAACUUUACAGUAAGUGUAUAUGUAUUGAAGAGCUGAUGUUUGCAUUGUGAAAUAUUUGAUGUAUUCUUAUCAAUAUAAUAAUUGGAGAUUAUACUCACUGUCGCCUGUACUUAUUGUACCAAUGCUGUAUGUGUUCAGCCUCCGGGAAUAUCAACUCUGAACCUUUUGACCGCCGCUACUAAUUUAUAUUCAACACGCAUUGGUAAACUUUGUUAGAACGUAUUAAGGUUCGUUUUUACCGAAACCUAUGUCGGUUGUGGCGGUCAAAGGGUAGGGUCAACUGUCAACUCUCUAGAAUUUCUGUGAAAUUCCUUCCCGCCUAGUGAAGUUUUACCCGUGUGUGUAUCAGUUAAACAACUAUGUCUUUAGCAAAUAAUUUUGAAUAAAAACUAUAUUUUAACGA